CCCCGGCGCUCGCGAGGAGAACAAUGGCGACGAACUUGAAGCGCAAACGCGCCCCAGAAAAGGCGUCUCGCAAGACGCGCAAAGUGUCCCCGGAGGAAGAGGAGGUAACAAGCGGGCAAUCGGCAGAUGAGCAGGCAUUCAAAGAUCUGGAAGACGAUGUUCCCUUUGAAGACCUCGAGGCCGAUGGCGCGCCAAAUGAUGAAGCUGAAGGGGAGGACAGCGACGGUGACCAGCCCAUGACACCGCCCCCACAAGACGUACACCACCACACCGGAGGGUCGAAGAAGCUCCCCGCGGGCGCCGAGCUGCGACAGAUCAAGGACGCCGCCGACCUUUACCAGUCCAGCUCCUUCAAGCUUCAGAUCGACGCGCUCCUGCCGAAUGUGAGCCCCAAAGCGAGCCGGAUCCCCCCUCUCGAGAAGUUCCUCUUCGCGCUGCAUGCGGCUCUGCAGAAAAUACCGUCGAAGUCGCCUACUCAUCCCCUACGUGCUGCUGAGCCAUUGAAGAAGCAUGAUGUCGUGGUGCCGUACUCCUUGCCUUUGCCGACGGAGGAGACGAAUUGGAAGGUUGCAUUCGAGAAACCGAGCAAUAUCACGAUCGUUGGGAGCUGGGGAAACAAGCUGUCGGUAAAGGGGAAGGACAAGGCGCCCUUCCGUGUCGAUGUCGCAGUCGAGAUGCCAGACAGUCUCUUCCAAGAGAAGGAUUACCUCAACGGCCGUUUCUUCCACAAAAGGGCCUUCUACAUCGCGACCAUCGCGGCCGCGAUCAAGAAGGACAAGUCAUUGAACGUCGACGUGUUCUACCACUCGCCGAAUGAUGACCCACGGCUUACCUCGGUCGUCCUGACCCAUCGCAAUGAUGGCUCCGAAACCGACUUCACGAAACUCAACGCCGAAGUAAACAUCCUCCCCGUCCUCUCCCCCACCUGCCCCAUCUCCCUCCGCCAUCUCUCCCCCUCGCACGCCAACAUCCGCAUAUCCUCCUCCACCUCCGACCCCUCAUCCUCCCAAACCCACGAACCCACCCCCCUCUACAACACCGCUCUCCUCACCGCCACCGCCCCACGCCCCGAGCUUCUCGCCGCUCACACGCUCAGGCAGCAGUCUGCUGCCUUCGCCGACGCGCUCACCCUCCUCCGCGUCUGGGCAAACCAGCGCGGCUUUGGCGUCGGGUCCCGCAUGUGCGUUCGAGGCUUCGAGGGCAAGGGCCCGUUCUGGGCCGGCGUUCUGGCGCUCUUGGUAUAUGGCGAGGAGGGCGCAGGUGCUGGGAGCAAGAAGAGGAAACCGUUGGGCAGGGGCCUGAGCUCGUGGCAAAUGUUUAGGGCAGCGCUGGACUUUUUGGCGAAGCAUGACUUCGAGCGUGAGCCGGUGUUCGUCAAGGCCGCGCAGCCGCGGGAGCUCAAUGCCGAGGAGUACGCAGAGAACUUCAGCGCGACUUUUGUGAGCUCUGCGACGGCUGUCAACCUACUCGCGGAUGUUCCUCUUGGUUCUUUGGCUUUGCUUCGCCACGAGGCGCGUACGACCCUGGACACAUUGGGAUCCGACGACUCCUUCGACGAAGUCUUCCUGAAAGAGAAGCGCGACUUGGGCACUAGAUUCGACAUGGUCUUGCAGGCCGACAUCUCGUCCGCCAAGCACAGUAAAGCCUCCACUAGCGACAUCCUCGACAAGGGCACCCUUUCGAACGCCUGUCUGGCCGCUAUCUCCUCCCUCCUACAACAAGCCCUCGGCAACCGCUGCAAAGCCAUCGCCAUCCUCCAUCCCUCCUCUACCUCCCGUCCCUUAACCUCCGCCCUCCCCACAACCCCCUCUACCAUCCACAUCGGCCUCCUUCACGACCCCGAACACGCCUUCCGCCUUGUCGACCACGGCCCGCCCGCCGACGACCCCAACCCCGCCCACUCCGCCACCUUCCGCGCCCUCUGGGGCCCCAAGGCCGAGCUCCGGCGCUUCAAGGACGGCCGGAUCACCGAGUCCGUCGUCUGGGACGUGAAGACGAGCGACGAGCGCGCACACGUGCCCGCGCUUAUCGUGCAGCAUAUCCUCCAGACGCACUUUGGGAUCCCGAAGAGCGCGGUGCGGACGUGGCAGAGCGAGUUUGACGCGGUGCUGAGGCUGCCCGCGGAGGUGGCGCAGGCGUAUGCGGCGGCGGGGGUGAGGGCGGGGUUCCAGAGUGCGAUCGAGGCCUUUGAUGGGUUGGUCAGGCAGCUGAAGAGCAUGGACGAAGUGCUUCCGCUCGCUGUGCUCAACGUCAGCGCCGCCGCGCCGCAGCUGCGGUAUACCAGUGCGCUUGCACCUGCACCUUUACCCAGCAAGCUGAUGUCCUCCUUACCCGCUGGCGCGACGCACCUUGCGCCCAUUGAGGCCAUUCUCGAGUUCGAGAAGUCCGCCCGCUGGCCCGCCGACCUCAAGGCCGUCCAGAAGAUCAAGCUGGCCUUCUGCGAGCGGAUCGCGGACGCGCUCAUGGGUGCCGUCCCGGGCUUGACCGCUCGCGUCGUUGUUGCUGACGGCGUCACGCGCUCGCGAGUGGUCGACCAGGCGCGCUUGGAGAUCGUCACGCCCGAAGGCUGGGCGUUCUGGGUGCGCAUCUGGUACGACCGCGAGGUCGUCCUCCUGGACCGCGUCGCCGAGGACCAGUCGCGCCUGCCGCACGUCACGCGGGGCGGCCCCACUGUCAGCGGGAAGGAGAAGCAGGAGGCGCUCGAGGCGAAGGAGGUGUGGGUGCGCCGCUUCUUGCACGGGCCAGCGCACCAUCGUGCGAUGUUGGCGCUGAGCCAUCGGUAUGGGGCUCUUUCUGGCACCGUGCGGUUGGUGAAGCGCUGGCUGGCCUCGCAUAUGGUGCUCGGGGGCCAUGUGAGCGAGGAGGCCGUUGAGCUUCUGUGCGCGAGCGUUUUUGUGGGCCGCGGGAAGACGAGGGCGGCGGAGGAGACCCGCACAGGUGUACCAGCGAGUCGAGAACGUGGCUUAGCGGCCGUCGUAGCCUUCUUGAAGGACUGGAAGUGGGAGGAGGGGCUGGAGGUGCCGCUGUAUGAGAGCGAUACGGCGCUAAUGUCGGCCGCGCGCGUGUCGAAGGAGGGUGUCUGGCGAAUAUCGACGCAGGGCGACCGGGAGGGGUGGAUAUGGACGUCGAGUGGGCCCGACCGCGUCGUCGCGCACCGCAUACGCGAGAUCGCGAAGGCGACGUGGAACCAUCUGCAGCUCCUCGAGACCGAGGCGUUCAGUGUCAAGCCCAUGUUCACGCACCCCCUCGCCGGCUACGACUUCCUCAUCCAUCUGAAGAAGGCUCACUUACCCCGAUACCUCCUUAACGUCGCCUACCCGGAAGCGCAAGGCCGUCACAAGGAGAAGACCGUGCGCCCAGGGUUCGACCCAGCAGAGCUCUUCUUCGCAGACCUUCAGCGCGUUUACGGCGACACGAUGAAGCUGUUCCACGACCCAUACGGCGGCGACGUUAUCGCGGGCGUGUGGGAUCCCUCGCUGAAGGAGUCGCGUCCUUUCCGCGUGCGGGCUGGUUACUCGACUGUGCCGCAGGACAAGACGUCCUCUGGCAAAUCGAAGGGAAAAGAUACCGUGGUCCUGAACACUACAGCUGUACUGUCCGAGAUCGAGAGAUUGGGGCGGGGUCUUGUCGAGAGCAUACUUGUACAGCAAUGAUUUUCUGUAUUUCUACAAUGCAACUGCACUGAUGCUUCUCCAUCAUGUAUUUACGAC